UGCUAAAACAACGAGUUCCGAUCAUCAGUACAGAAAGAUCCAAACCAGCCAUGUCCUUCGUGCAACACUCCAUUUCCACUCUAUUUCCACUCUGCUUCCUUCAUCUCUUCUAUGGAUUCUUACACCUUAGUUUCUGCUUCCAUCUACUGUCUCCAUCUGGUCAAUCAUGUUCAUGGCCUCUGCUCUUCUCUGAUAAGUUUCUAAUCUGGGUCUCUACCUCAUCGCAUCGAUGGCAGCGACUACUUUAUUCGUUCUCGUAGCCUUACUAUUCGUUCCUGUACACGCCCAAUCACAAUCCAGUGAAGAAGGCUUCAUCUCUGCAGUCAUAUCCCAGAAGGGUCUUGAUUUCUCCAAGGAUAUAUUGGUAGACCUGGCAAUUACCUCUCUAGCGCCUCUUAGCUUGCCCCAAAUCCAGAAGACUGUGAAAAUCCCCUUAGUGGGUAAUGUUCAUAUAGUUCUAUCCAAUAUCACGAUCUAUAGGGUCGAUGUUUCUGCAUCAGAGGUGAAGCCUGGCGAUACCGGUAUAACAAUUGUUGCUUCGGGUGCCACCGCAAAUUUGAGUAUGAAUUGGUAUUAUUCCUAUGGUACCUGGUUCAUCCCUAUUGUUGUUUCGGAUAAAGGCCAUGCCUCUAUUCAGGUUGAAGGCCUGGAAGUAGGGCUAACUUUGGGUUUGGAGAAUCAAGAAGGAACGCUGGAGCUGUCUCUCAUGGAAUGUAGUUGUUUUGUUAAAGAGAUAUCUAUAGAUUUAGAUGGUGGAGCAUCUUGGCUUUAUCAAGGAUUGGUGGAUUUUUUUGAAGGGCAAAUAACUUCUUCAGUGGAAAAUGCUAUUACCAAGAAUAUGAAAGAGGGGGUCUUGAAGCUUGAUUCCUUGUUUAAUACUUUCCCAAAAGAAAUACCAGUGGAUGAGAUUGCUGCUCUGAAUAUCGCUUUUGUUAAUGAUCCUAUGUUGACUGAUUCUUCCAUUGGGUUUGAGAUUGAUGGGUUGUUUGUAGCAGCAGAUAAGGCUGUAAAUCACGGAUAUUAUCAUAAAAUUUCAAAAUCGUCAGUUUCCUGCAAAGGUCCACCUAAAAUGCUAGAGAUUUCAAUUGAUGAAGCAGUAUUUAACUCUGCAUCAGACAUAUAUUUCAAUGGAGAUUUUAUGCACUGGACUGUGGACAAAGUACCGGAUCAGUAUAUUUUAAACACUGCUGGCUGGAAAUAUAUUGUUCCUCAACUGUACAAGAAAUACCCAGACAAGGACAUGAAUCUGAAUAUUUCUUUAUCUUCACCUCCACUAAUAAUGAUUUCACCUGAUAAUAUCAAUGCUACCAUUUAUUCAGAUAUGAUACUUGAUGUUUUGGAUGAUAAUAAAACAAUACCAGUUGCAUGCAUAUCAGUGGUGAUUAGCACAUCAGCUUCUGUUGAGGUUAUAAGGAAUAACUUGGCGGGUAAUGUUGGAUUAAAUGACUUUACCCUCACACUGAAGUGGAGCAAAGUUGGUAACUUCCACAUGCACCUAAUUCAGUCAGUGAUGUGGAUAUUCCUGAAAACCGUUUUCUUGCCAUAUGUGAACUUACACCUGAAGAAAGGAUUCCCCUUGCCUAUUAUCCGGGGUUUCAACCUUCAAAAUGCCAAGAUACUUUGUACCAAUUCACUAAUAACAGUUUGUAGUGAUGUGGCCUUGGCAGAUUCAUUCUAUAAUUAUCUCUUCCCAUGAGUAGAUGUAUUAGAGCUUUUUUUACAAGGAUUUAGGUGUUGUAAUACAAGGAAAGAAAGUCUACUGUUGAUUUCGUACAAGUUAAGCAAUUCCUUUGUUUUUCCAUCUUAAGAUUGGUGCAAUCUUGGAUCACUAUGAUGUUUGUGAAGGACAGAGCUGCACCAUGAGAUGAGAUAAUGAUAUAAUGCAUUAUCGUUUUUGAAAGAUU